CCAUAGGGUGUGUGGAUUCAUUCCGCUCUGAAACUGGGAACCCAAAGCAUCAUAUCUUCUGUAAUGCGAUUCCAAAACAGCUUUCUAAACUCCACAAUUUCUCCAGAGGAACUUUUCUAACUCCGCUCCUCAUCUCCACUUCUCACUUGAUGUUAAUUGCUGAGGGAUUGCACCUCUAAUCAUUGUGGCACCUUUUUUUUUAUUUUAUUUUUUAUUUUCUAUAGAAGUUUGAUUCAUUUUACAUGCAAAAGUAGAAAAUGAAUAGCACCGGCUUCAACCAGACAGACGGCGCACUCUUCAACAAGACGGAGGAGUUUUUCUGCUGCAACUUCUCCUCCGUGGUGACUGAUAAUGGCUUUGUGGCUGCAGCUCCGGAUGAGAGGAGCCUCUUCAUCAUGAGAGUGGUCCAGAUAGCCGUCAUGUGCGUCCUGUCUCUCACCGUGGUGUUUGGCAUCUUCUUCCUGGGCUGCAACCUCCUCAUCAAGUCCGAGGGGAUGAUCAACUUUCUGGUGACGGACAGGAGACCGUCUAAAGAAGCAGAGGCGGUGAUUGUUGGAAACUACUGAUGCUGGGAUCAGAUGGAUGAACAAUGGACAUGUUCUAAAAACCGAAAGAAGUGCCCCCCAUGUAUGAGGAUCCUGUUGGGGGACGCACAGCUGCUCACCUUUAAUCAUGUGGCCUUUUUUUAAUGCCAACAGUCUCAAAGAGGUAAAGUGCGCAGAGAACCUCUUUAUUCAAGUGUCCAAUGACGCACUGAUGUUAUUUUAUAGUUGUAAAGCAUUAACAAGAAGCAACGUUUUGUAUUCACUGCUUGGAAAAGAGGUGGAAAAAUAUAUGUUGAAUGUUUUCUAUUUGUAAAACUUAAGUCAGUAUAAUCUGUUCAAUAUAUUCUGUGCAAAGAAAAGGAAACAAAAAUGUACCAGCUCGCAGAAAUGAUGAGAGUCUGAUUUAAUUCCUUCUGUGAUUAAAACAAUUUUCCUUUUAACUGAAGUCAUUUUUGUUAAAUCUUACUUUGGGAUUCAAAGUUCCUGAUAGGUCAUCUCAGUUUCUUAUCUCUAUUGAACAGAAGGACAUUUAAUAUGUAGUUGCAAAUUGAAAUGGUAAAAAAAAAAAAAAAAAAUCCAUAUUAAAACUAAUGAUAUCUGGAUAAAAUAAAAAUAUAUUAGAUUCUACCUUCAUGUUUGAGCUUUUUUUGUUUGGGUUCCAUUUAGACAGAAUCUAUGAUAGAAAAAAGAAGUUUUAGAGGGCGGUUAAUAUUCAAGGCUUCAUUAUUCAUUUAUUGAUUUAUUUUAAUCAAGUAUUAUAGUUUCUAAAAACAAGUUUAUAUUAUUUUAGAAUUAUAGAAACUCUAUAAUUCCAUUUUUGUAACCUACAAACUUUAAUACAAUUACAUUUAAAAUAUGUUUGCUGUUUACAGGAUUAAAUUUAAAAUAUGUUUCAUUGAACAGUUAUGAUUGUUAUUUUUGAGCUGUGUACAGCAGGUUUAUAGACCUAGUGCACCCUAUGUCACUCUUACAGAUUUACUCUGUUCUUGCUUUUUUUGUCAAAAUAAAAGUUGGAAGAUAAAGAUGUUGACACCAGUUAAAAUUACAAAUACAAAAUACAGGUUUUCAGAUAACAAAACUGGCCCCACAUAUCGACACUGUGAUUUAAUUAAUUGGUGAAAGUACUGAUUUUUAAGCAAUGUGAUGCUUUACAUCACUAAAGGACUUUAAAUCACUACUCUUUUCAGCAGAAUUGAACCAUUUUCAGUUGCAAUGAAGCAUUUUUUUAAAAAUAAUACGAUUAAGACUGGACUUUGACUUGAUUACUUUGUUUUGUUUUGGUUGGUUUUCUUUUUCUUUUCCUCUCAAAUUAAUUGUUUUACAUCAGGAUCCACACUUUCCUUUUAGGCUUUUGUCACGACAGUCUACGUAAUUCACAAAAACUGAGGCUGAUCGAAAAACCUUUUGGAGAGAAGUUAUUUCCACCUUGGAAAUCUCACAUGAAUGCAAAUAUUGCCCAGUCUCU